CGCUCCUUUAUCCCUGUCCCUUGAUCGUCCCUCUUCUCCCUCCCCCGUCUCGUUCCCAAUUCCAGCGUCAAUCUCAAGCCAAAAUCUCGGAAACCCUAGCCCUAAUUCUGAACAAAUUCCCAUAAACCCUAACCAUAGCCCUAGUCCCUAAUCCUUCAAUGUUCAAGAGUAGGCUUCAGGAGCUAUGCCACCAGCGAAUGUGGGCCGCGCCGGACUACAACGUUAGUUUGACGCCCGACUUCUCGAAGUCGUCGAAGGAGGCCCAGAACAAGGCCGCUCAGGCCGCCGUCGAUCACUUCGCCGUCGCUCUCCCGCCACCGCCUACGAAAGCCUCCCCUCAAAUCCCCGAAAAUCAAAUUUCAUUCAAGAGUCAGCUGCAUACCUACGCUCAAAAGAACAAUUUUGAUCUGCCAAAAUAUGAAGCUGUUCGUGAGGGUUUUGCUCACGCUUCUCGCUUCAAGGCUAAUGUGACAGUUGAUGGGCAAACCUACAAUAGUCCACAAUUCUUCAAUACAGUGAAAGAGGCUGAAAAUGAUGCUGCUAGAGUGGCUCUUUCAUCUUUAUCUGUAGAUGAAAAUCCACAGGAUAAUUCAUCUCUGUACAAGAAUAUGCUGCAAGAGUUGGCAACAAAGGAAGGACUUCACUUGCCAAAGUACAACACAGUCAGCAGUGGUGCAAGUCACAUGCCCGUUUUCUCUUCCACAGUUGAAAUUGAUGGUCAUAGUUUUAUGGGAGAAGUUGGAAGAAGUAAAAAGCAGGCGGAGAUAAAUGCCGCAAAAGUUGCUUGGUUUAAGCUUAAAGAACGUUCUGUUGUCAAUUUCGGGAGAGCUAACUCUCCCUUUAGUUAUUCAAAGCAUGAACAUAUUGAACCUGCACCUUUAGGGUCAAAGUCAAAGGACACGAACUUGGCACACAAACAAUUGGCUUCUUCAGGGUUGCAGUCAAGGGAUAUCCCUGACUUGGGGCUGCCUAAGCCUCUGUCAACUGCACUGUCAUAUGUCAAGGUGGUUAAAAGUGGAGAUGUUUCAGCAAGAGCUAAACUUUCUUCUGGUUGUUUGGAUAAUGAACAUCUUCAGCCUGCUUCCUUAGGGUCACAGCCGAAGGACAAUAGGAACUUGAUGUGUGAAAAUCUUGAGUCAGCUUUCUCAGGGUCACAGUCAAAGGACACCAGGGACUUGGAGCUGCCAAAACCUCUCUCAGUUCCACUUUCAUUUGUCGCGAUGAAACAUAGUGGAAAUAAUUCAGAUAAAAAGCAAAAAGAUGAAAGUACUGUUAACAAUCGCUCCAGCACUGUGGCUAUGCCUAUAAAUCUCCAAGAUCACCAGGAUCCGUAUAUAACUGAGGGAACCAUGGUCAGUGGCAAUGGCUUGACUAAAAAGAUAGCUGCAUCAUACGAUAAGCUGGAUUCUAAGGUUCCUGCCAACCAAGGAAUUUGCAGCAUUCCUCGAAAUAGGAGCUCUAACCAUCUUGUUGCUAAUGAGAAUUCAUCGCUGCUCUGUAAUAGAGUAAGGGUCUAUCCACGUACAUCUGAUAUGGUGUUGCCUGAAGGUGCCAUCCCCCUACCAUUUAGCGAUGAUAUGUGGGUUGCUGUCAGCUUGGAUUUCUCAGACCAUGAAGGUAUAAAUCAUGAGGAUGGCCAAGCAAUAGAAAAUGACUCUGAUAUCGUCAGUAUGGCUCCUGUUGUUCAUGAUGAUCAGGGAACAAACUCGGGCUCAAAAGAAAACAUGCUAAAUGGCAAUGCUCAUAUUGACAAGACAAUUUUAUCUCUUCCUAAGCUAGACGUUGAGGUUAUUGAAGACACUUUUCCUGAAGAUGAGACCAAAUCUUCCACAGGAUCCGCUUGUGAUAACCACUGUGUUGUGGAUGUAAACUCUGCAUCUCCAAUCAGAGAGAUGGCGUGUUCAUUUGAAUGCAAUAGAGUCAGGGUGUACCCAAAGAAACCUGGGAUGGUGUUGCCUGAAGGUGCAUCAUUGCUACCGUUUAGUGACGAUAGCUGGGUUGCUGUCAGUUUGAACUUCUGAUAUCAUGGAGACAAUUCAAUUGCUCGGGUAAUCUGUAAUCCGAGCAAACUGAGAUCUACAUGUCGAAAUUUUACGGUUAGCAUUUCCAGUGGCAGUCAUGUAACUCAAUUGCUGUGUCAUUUACAUGCAUACUUCUUUUGGUGUCUGCAUAUUUUGUUGUGGCACAACUUCUUGUACAUGGUGCGAAGGUGCGGACUCAGUAUAGAUGUAUGCGCUGAAUGAAUAUGAUGCUUUGCAUUCUUGAACAACCUUUGUAACAUGAAUUUAAUUCUGAUGGCAAGACUUAGGUGUCAUUAAAGUUGGUCA